AUGGCUAGUAGGAGCCAUAGUGUAAGGUGUCCAUGUUGCCAACCUCCAUCGGAGGAACAACUGAGGAAAUUGUUCAACAACCACGACGCCAAUCGCGAUGCUUCCCUUAGCAAGAAAGAGAUCGAGAAAGCGUUUGACGAGUUAGGGUCGACGGUGCCCGGGUGGCGAGCUAGACGAGCACUCCGUCGUGCAGAUUCCGACCGUAACGGUUUUAUCGACGACGAGGAAGAGAUGCUCUUUCUCGCCAUGCAUCAAUCUCUUAGCAAGAAAGAGAUCGAGAAAGCGUUUGACGAGUUAGGGUCGACGCUGCCCGGGUGGCGAGCUAGACGAGCACUCCGCCGGGCAGAUUCCGACCGUAACGGUUUUAUUGAUGACGAGGAAGAGAUGUCUCGACUCGUAAAAUAUGCACACAGCCUCAGCUAUAAGUACUUUGCUGUUCAAUAG